UUUAUUUGUGUUGUUCCGUGGGGAGCGUGCGCUCGUUUUGCCGUGUGAAUAGUAAAUGAAACCACGUGGUGUGAAAGCAGCUUCUUUUGUUCAAAUCAAUCAAAUCGGAGACGGACAGCGAGCUGCUGGUUCAGGGACGCUCUGGUUUGAGUGAAAGAUGCCACGCAAGAAGGUGACAGAUGUUUCAGGGAAUGGUGGUAUGAUAAAGAAGAGGGUGAGUGGCAAAAGGAAAGAGAGGGACUUCAGCAGUGACGAGGACUUUGAUUUUGAGCAAGAGAACGAUAAGAAACCUGGCAAGCCAGCUUCCAAGUCUGGCCUCCAGCCUGUCUCUGUGGCCGAUGAUGUUAAGGAGAAAAUAACACUGGAGUGCCCAAAGGUAAAAGGUCAACUACUCGUCUUUGGUGCAACUAACUGGGAUUUGAUUGGACGAAAAGAGGUGCCCAAACAACAAGUGGCUUUCCGCAACCUGGGCCAAAAUCUGUGGGGCCCUCACCGCUAUGGCUGUCUGAGCGAUGUCCAGGUCAGCUGUGUGGUAUCUGGUCCCUGUGCUGCACAUAGUCUCUUCUUGACCACUGAGGGAAGGUUGUGGAGCUGGGGUCGCAAUGACAAAGGACAGCUGGGUCAUGGAGACACCAAGCGUCUGGAGUCUCCUAAGGUUAUUGAAGCUCUGCUGGAUUGUGUGAUUGUUGCUGCAGCCUGUGGGCGCAACCACACCGUGGCCCUCACAGAUGAUGGCACUGUGUAUUCCUUUGGUGAGAACAAAUUUGGCCAGCUUGGACAGGGAACCCAGACGGAUGCUGUCCUCAGCCCAGCACUGAUUUCAUAUAAUGGCCAGCCGCUGGUGAAAGUGGCUUGUGGUGCAGAGUUCAGCAUGGUGGUGGACUGCAAAGGAAACCUAUACUCCUUCGGCUGCCCGGAGUACGGACAGCUGGGACACAACAGUGAUGGAAAGUUCAUUGCCCGUGCACAGCGCAUUGAAUUUGACUGUGAACUAAUUCCCCGCCGGGUCGCAAUCUUCAUUGAGAAGUCCAAGGAUGGCCAGAUCAUGCCUGUGCCCAAUGUGGUCGUCAGAGAUGUGGCUUGUGGAGCAAACCACGCGCUGGUGUUGGACUCCCAGAAGCGAGUGUUCAGUUGGGGUUUUGGGGGAUAUGGACGUCUGGGACACACGGAGCAGAAGGACGAGAUGGUUCCUCGCCUGGUCAAACUGUUUGACUUUCCUGGACGUGGUGCCAGUAACAUUUACGCAGGCUUCCAGUGUUCAUUCGCUGUCAAUGAGAUGGGUGGGCUCUUCUUCUGGGGGGUGACAAACACUUCCAGAGAGUCAACUAUGUACCCCAAAGCUGUGCAGGACCUCUGUGGCUGGAAGAUCCGCAGUUUGGCAUGUGGGAAGAGCAGCAUCAUUAUCGCUGCAGAUGAGAGCACCAUCAGCUGGGGCCCGUCGCCUACGUUUGGUGAGCUGGGUUACGGCGAUAACAAACCCAAAUCGUCCACCACCGCCCAGGAGGUCAAGACCUUAGAUGGCAUCUACAUCGAGCAGGUGGUGAUGGGUUACUCUCAUUCUCUGGCUAUUGCAAGACAGGACACUCAGCAGGAAGAGGAGAAGGUGAAAAAGCUUCCCGAAUACAACCCCCGAACCAUCUGACGGCCAACAUCAACCCUCCACCGGAUUCUGAGACCAGCACCACUCAGCCUGGAAUCGGCCUCCUACUGGGAGGGAGAUCCACAUCCUGAUACCAGCACACUGAUUCUGUACCGACACUGAACUCGGAGACGGGGCGGCGAGGGGACCACAGGCACUUGAGCUUCCAAACUUCAGAGCCAAACUUUUCUUUUCAGUAUUUGAAAUGUUCUCAGAAUUUUUUUCACUGGGGUGUAUUUUUUAUUUUUUUUUUAAGGGCGUUACAAUCUGUUCCUGUGCUGCCUUUUAGACUCAGCGGGACGUGGACGUGGUUUUUUGUACAUAUAUCAGCAGG